UCAAAGUUUCUCCAAAUAUACUAAGAUAGAUUGCUCUGUUGGUGUUUUUUUUUUUUUCAGACAAACUAAACAUUUCAGGUCAAUAAUUCAACGUAGGGUAAGAAUACACAUUUUCCUACAACUGGAAAUGUAAAUUGAUGUGAAAUUUAGGAUUGUUUAUCAGUCAUGAUGUGAUUUACAACCUGGUGUUCUGUUUUUGUCCAGCAGAGGGCAGCAUAUGAACAGCUCUCAGGGAAGGAUCCAAACUGCACAAAGACUCACUUCCUUGUGAUUCAGUGAAUCAGUCCUGACUUUAAACGUCACUUUCCAGAAAUGAAAGUAAGUGUUUGUCAGAGUGAAGCCUGAGCUGCCGUCGAGAGAAACGUGUUUCCUCCUGAAGACCAACUAAGUUCAUCUGUUUCUUCUCAGCAACAGACUCUAACUCUGAGUUCAGAAAUGUCUUCUGGCAGCAACCUGAGGUCUGAGGAUCAGUUUCUGUGCUCCAUCUGUCUGGAUGUGUUCACUGAUCCAGUCAGCACACCAUGUGGACACAACUUCUGCAAAGCCUGCAUCACUCACUACUGGGAGGAAAAUGAAAGAUGUCAGUGUCCUGUAUGUAAGAAGGUGUUCAAGAUGAGACCUGAGGUGGAAGUCAACACCUUCAUCAGAGAGAUGGUUGCUCAGUUCAGACAUGAAGCUCAGCAGGAAGCCAGCAGCAGCAGCUCAGCUGCUAAACCAGGAGAAGUUCCCUGUGACGUCUGCACUGGAACCAAGCUGAAGGCCCUGAAGUCCUGCCUGGUGUGUCAGGUCUCCUACUGUCAGACUCACCUGGAGCCUCAUCGGACCACUCCAGGUCUGAAGAAACAUCAGCUGAUGGAGCCUGUGGAGAACCUGGAGGACAGGAUGUGUCUGCAGCACGAUAAACCUCUGGAGCUGUUCUGUAGGACCGACCAGACAUGUGUCUGCUUAGUCUGUCCUGUUCUAGACCACAAGAACCACGAGUUUGUUCCUCUGAGAGAAGAAUCUGAAGGAAAGAAGGCAGAGCUGAAGAAGACCGAGGCUGAAGUUCAGAAGAUGAUCCAGAGCAGACGAGUGAAGAUCCAGCAGAUCAAAGAGUCGGUGAAGAUCAGUAAAGAUGCUGCAGACAGAGAGAAAGCAGAAGGUGUUCAGGUCUUCACUGCUCUGAAGGAGGCUGCUGAGAGAGGCCUGGAGGAGCUCAUCAAGGAGAUCCAAGACAAACAGAAAACUGCAGAGAAACAGGCUGAAGACUUCAUCAAAGAUCUGGAGCAGGAAAUCUCUGAGCUGAUGAAGAGGAGCUCUGAGGUGAAGCAGCUCUCACAGUCUGAAGACCACCUCCACCUCCUCCAAAGCUUCUCCUCCCUGAAAGCUGCUCCACCCACCAAGAACUGGAGAGAGGUCAGAGUUCAUCCUCCAUCAUAUGAGGGGACUGUGGUGAGAGCUGCUGCUCAGCUGCUGGAGGAGAUGAAGAAGAUCAAGAAGAUGUUGGAGCUGAAGAGGGUCCAGCAGUAUGCAGUGGAUGUGACUCUGGAUCCUGAUACAGCUCAUCCUGACCUCAUCCUGUCUGAUGAUGGAAAACAGGUGAAACAUGGAGAUGUAGGGAAGGAGCUUCCAGACAAUCCAGAGAGAUUUUCUGAGUGUGUUAAUGUUUUAGGACAUCAGAGUUUCUCUUCAGGCAGAUUUUACUUUGAGGUUCAGGUUAAAGGAAAAACUGACUGGGAUUUAGGAGUGGCCAGAGAGUCCAUCAACAGGAAGGGACAAAUCACUCUGAGUCCUCAGGAUGGUUUCUGGACUGUUUGGUUGAGAAAUGGAAAUGAGUACGAAGCCAAUGCUGGACCUCCAGUCCGUCUCCAUGUCCAGCCUGGUCCUGAGAAGGUGGGGGUGUUUGUGGAUUAUGAGGAGGGUCUGGUCUCCUUUUAUGAUGUAGAUGCUGCAGCUCUGAUCUACUCCUUUACCGGCUGCUGCUUCACUGAGAAGAUCUACCCAUACUUUGGUCCCUGUCCAAAUUAUGGAGGUAAAAACUCUGCUCCUCUGAUCAUCUGUUAAUCAGGAUGAUUUUAUCUUUGAUGAACCAGAAUCAGAACCAGAUACAGCUCCAUGAACAAAGAACCUCUGGGUGAAUAACCUCCACUCUAAGUGACUCUGUAGGAGAAGUCUUUAGGUCUAUUUCACAAAACCAAGAUAUAGAAUUAAACCAGGAUUUUCCAGAUAUUCUGGCUAAAUUAAGCCUGGACUCACAUCAGUUACCAUGGUGAUUUAUCCUGCUCCAGACCAGGCUAACAGGUUUAGUUAAUCCUGGUUCCUUCUCUGUUCAUUGAACUGAUCAGAAAUCAGUGAGUUUGUCACUGAUUCUGUUUCCUGAGUGUUUUUUUUUUUUUCAGCCCGCUUUAAAAUCCUACUGAUACACUUUGGUAUUCAGUCAAGUACUAUAAUAAUUUUAAAUUAUGAUGGUAGCCUGAACAUUUGUUAACUUUAUAAUUAUCCAUGUGGGCGUUGUUACUGUUUAACUGUGUUUUUGAAGACUGUUGUUGUUCUGACUUUGACAGAAAGGUUUAAUAGACUGUUGCUGCUGUUGAGGGAAUUAGAAUAGCUGGUGAAGAAUCAAAGGUGUUGUCAAUAAAAUCUGGUGUUAAACCAUUUUCAACGAAAUCCUGCAACUCUAGGGGGCGCUGUUCUACUGCCUCCUCCCAAAAAAAAGAACAUGUUUCUCCUCAAGUGCACAAAAUAUGCAUUUCACAGCCUUAACAGAAAAAUAAAGAAUACAAACCA